CCUAUGUUCAGGGAACACCGCUCCAUAGAUUGUUGUUAGCGACUUGGCUAGCUAGUGCGGGCAAUUCAUUUUUUUGACAUUUCCACUUGAGACCACUCUAUCCAACUUCACACGUUGACACAGUCAAGUGGAUGCGAGAGUAAAAAAAAAUCUGGGGGUCUUGGCCGCGCCUCUUCGGUGUGUCAAGUCAAGUUGUUGCUGGUCGCAGUCUUGCGAGCCCCUUUGAGUAUGAGCAUACAAUGAAGAGGCGUGCAGAGGACCAGGAACCAGUAUUUGCAUCCCAGCAACAGCAAUCACGUCGUCUCCCAGUUCCAGCUACUGCAGAGAGCUUCCAGCACCGCGUCCUCGCCCCGGCCCCUACUGUGAUAGAGGCAGUCGGAGACAACAUGCAGCCCUCCACCGGCAUCCAGUACUCCAUCCCACAGGGCUACCAGGUGCCUUCAAUGCCUCAGAGCUCAAGUGGACAUGGACAUGGGCACAGCAAUACGUCUGCACCUCAUGUUGGGCCCCACUCACACAGCCCAGCAGUUCAGUCUCAGGGGCCCGCAGUGGUCCAAAGUCACGUUCAUCCUCCCACACAGAUGACUUCUACCCAAGGACAGCAGCAGUUCCAGCGACUGAAGGUUGAAGAUGCCUUGUCCUACUUGGAUCAAGUGAAACUGCAGUUUGGGAACCAGCCUCAAGUUUAUAAUGACUUCCUUGAUAUCAUGAAAGAGUUCAAGUCACAGAGCAUAGACACGCCCGGAGUGAUCAGCCGCGUGUCCCAGCUCUUCAAAGGCCAUCCCGACCUCAUUAUGGGUUUCAACACCUUCCUGCCGCCGGGAUACAAGAUCGAGGUGCAGACCAACGAUCUGGUCAACGUGACCACGCCGGGUCAGAUUCACUACAUCACCCCUCACGGCAUCUCUGUGCAGAACAUCCCUGUGAGCGGAGCGUCCAGCCAGCCUGCGAGCCACCACCAGCACCAGAGUCUGCAGCAGGCCGGCCCACACGCCAACCCCACCCCGCCCGUGGCCACCCAGCCUACACCAGCUAAAACCAGCAAGCCGAUGCAGUCUCCAGCCCUGACCCCCACCAGCCAGCCUAACCCAUCCAUCCCAUCGUACGCCUCGCCGCGCUCGCCUUCGGUCCAGUCACACACUCCAGUGAGCAGCACGCCUUCCGGUGGGCCGCCGCUCCAAAACAACCAGCCUGUGGAGUUCAACCACGCCAUAAACUACGUCAACAAGAUCAAGAACCGCUUCCAGGGCCAGCCAGACAUCUACAAAGCCUUCCUGGAGAUCCUGCACACCUACCAGAAGGAGCAGCGAAACGCUAAGGAGGCCGGAGGCAACUACACCCCAGCCCUGACCGAGCAGGAGGUCUACGCUCAGGUGGCAAGGCUCUUCAAAAACCAGGAGGACCUGCUGUCAGAGUUCGGGCAGUUCCUGCCAGACGCCAACAGCUCAGUGCUGCUGACCAAGACCACGGCGGACAGGGCAGAGUCGGUGCGAAAUGAUCAUGGCGGCACAGUGAAGAGGCCGCUGCUGAACAGCAAACAGAGGCUGAACCAGAACGGCCUGCCAAUCAGGAGACCCAGUGGAGUGGGAGCCACGCCUCCUGUCAAGAAGAAACCCAAGAUGAUGGGGAAGGACAGUGCCAUGGCUGAAGCCAGCAAACACAGCACUGGCACCGAAACUCUGUUCUUUGAAAAGGUGAAGAAAGCCCUCCGCAGCCCUGAGGCGUACGACAACUUCUUAAGAUGUCUGCUCAUCUUCAACCAGGAAGUGAUUUCGCGUGCUGAGCUGGUGCAGUUAGUUAUCCCAUUCCUGGGAAAAUUCCCCGAGCUUUUUACAUGGUUCAAGAACUUCCUGGGCUACAGAGAGUCGAGCCACGUGGAAAGUUUCCCCAAGGAGCGCGCCACGGAGGGCAUCGCCAUGGAGAUCGACUACGCCUCCUGCAAGCGGCUCGGCUCCAGCUACAGAGCGCUGCCCAAGAGCUACCAGCAGCCCAAGUGCACAGGGAGGACCCCGCUGUGCAAAGAGGUUCUGAAUGACACCUGGGUGUCGUUUCCAUCGUGGUCGGAGGAUUCAACGUUUGUGAGCUCCAAGAAAACUCAGUAUGAAGAGCACAUUUACAGAUGUGAGGAUGAGCGCUUUGAGCUGGACGUGGUCUUGGAAACCAACCUGGCCACGAUACGAGCCCUGGAGACGGUGCAGCGGAGGCUCUCUCGCAUGUCUGCCGAGGAGCAGCUGCGCUUCAGGCUGGACAACACGAUGGGCGGCUGCUCCGAGGUCAUUCACCGAAAGGCCAUCCAGAGGAUAUACGGGGACAAAGCCCAGGACAUCAUCGACGGGCUCAAGAGGAACCCAGCUGUCUCUGUCCCCAUCGUGCUCAAGAGAUUAAAAAUGAAAGAGGAAGAGUGGAGAGAAGCCCAGAGAGGCUUCAACAAAAUCUGGCGGGAGCAGAACGAGAAGUAUUACCUGAAGUCACUCGAUCACCAAGGCAUCAACUUCAAGCAGAACGACACCAAAGUGUUUCGCUCAAAGACCUUGCUCAACGAAAUUGAGAUGCUGUAUGAUGAGCGCCAGGAGCGGGCGUCAGAGGACAACGCCACGCCGCCGCCCAGCGGCCCGCACAUGACCCUGAGCUACGACGACAGCCAGAUCCUGGAGGAUGCCGCUGCCCUGAUCAUUCACCACGUCAAGAGGCAGGUGGGCAUCCAGAAAGAAGACAAGUACAAGAUCAAACAGAUCAUCCACCACUUCAUCCCUGACAUGCUGUUCGCACGGCGGGGCGAGCUCUCUGAUGUGGAGGAAGAGGACGAAGAGGAGGAGGAAGAUGACCUGGAGAUGGACCAAGAUGGCACCAAGAAGCACAACGGCCUGCCAGGCAGCAGCAGCUCGUCCAAGUCCAAGCUCCUCUUCAGCAACACGGGGGCCCAGAAGCUGCGGGGCGUCGACGAUGCCUAUAAUCUGUUCUUCGUCAACAACUACUGGUACAUCUUCCUUCGUCUUCACCAGAUCCUCUGCUCGCGGCUGCUCAGAAUCUACGGGCAAGCCGAGCGGCAGAUCGAGGAGGACGCCCGCGAGCGAGAGUGGGAGAGAGAGGUGUUGGGGCUCAAACGGGAGAAGAACGAAAACCCAGCGAUCCAGCUGAGGAUGAAGGAGCCUAUGGAUGUUGACGUGGAGGACUACUACUCAGCCUUCCUGGAAAUGGUGCGUAACCUUCUGGAUGGAAACAUGGAGCCGGCUCAGUACGAGGACUCCUUGAGGGAAAUGUUUACCAUCCAUGCCUACAUUGCCUUCACCAUGGACAAACUCAUCCAGAGCAUCGUACGGCAGCUCCAGCACAUUGUGAGCGAUGACGUUUGUGUGCGUGUGACGGACUUGUACCUGAGUGAAAGUGCCAACAAGGCCACCGGGGGCUCCCUGUCCACCCAGGCGUCCAGGGCCGCGGCUGAGGGGACCUACCAGCGCAAGGCCGAGCAGCUCAUGUCCGAUGAAAACUGCUUCAAGCUGAUGUUUGUGAAGAGCAGAGGAAGUGUCUCUCUGGCCAUGGAGCUGCUGGACACAGAAGAGGAAAACUCAGACGAGCCGGCUGAGGCAGAGAGGUGGUCAGAUUACGUGGGCAGAUACCUGAACUCAGACUCUGCGUCCCCAGAGCUGCGGGAGCAUCUGGCCCAGAAGCCUGUGUUCCUCCCCAGGAAUUUGAGGAGGAUAAGGAAGUGCCAGAGAGGCUGGGAGCAGCUUCAGCAGGAGAGGAUGACCAAGGGCUCGGACAAGUCGCAGGACGGCAGCGGCGAACUGAAGAUGGAGUGCAUGUUCAAGCUCAACUCGUACAAGAUGGUGUACGUCUGCAAGUCGGAGGACUACAUGUACCGGCACACGGCGCUCACACGGGCUCAUCAGUCACACCAGCGGGUCAACACCCGCCUGCACAGACGCUUCCAGGCCUUUCUGGACGCCUGGGCCAAGGAGCACGUGACCAGCGACAUGGCCGCCGACAGCCAGCAGUGGCUGAUGGGAGAGGGCCGUGAGGGCCUGGUGUCCUGCUCCACCACCUGCGUCCCCGAGGUGCUGCAUUACCUCAACGUCAACAAGUACCGGGUGAAGUACCGAACUCUGUAGCCGGUUAAAACGCGUCUCCGUGGGGACUUUCCGGACCUGCUGUUGCUGGAUCCACUUGCCAAAACGUUGGUCGGUUCUCAGUCCACGAGUCGCCCGCCGUGCGACGUGGACACACUUACUACUUUUUUUUUUUUUUUUUUUUCCUCGAAUGUGGUGGAACAGACACAGGAACUUUGAAGCCUUUCAAGUGAGGUUUUACAAGCUGUCACCUGUUGGGGGGGGCACCUGUCUUAGUAAUCCAGUGAGAAUGUUAAAAUGCAGAUUUUUGCGUGGGACACACACACACACACACACAGAAAUAGUGUCCUCGUGGAAUCAGUCACCAGGAGGCUGGCGUCUUCUCAUUGGAGCAGUUGACAAGUUGACACCGUGCGCCUAUUUAAGCAUUUCAUGACUAACACUCGCCUAGGUGACGAUAAAUUUAUGUUUUGGUUUUUUUGAGGACCACUUCUUUACUUUAUAAGAGGAACAUUUAAAAACAACAAAACCCCCAGAAAAACAGAACCUCAACUUUUCUCUUUGAGUAGCAUGAACUAGUACAGACCCGUGACCUCUGUGAAAACGUUUGUACCAGGACAUGAAGCUUAUUUUAGCUUCCAGCUGUAAAAUUGUAAAGCCUGUGAAUGUUUUUUUUUUUUUUUUUUUUUUUUUCCUUGGGUGACAAAAGGCAAUAGUGCACUAUGUAUUCAGCGUCUCCGGCAUCCGCGGGGUCGACGCUUGACACCGAUAACGAUGCCAGUGCAGUGUAUCGAGGAAAAAUUUAGUUCUGACUGCCCAGACAUUUCCUGUAAAUAUCUUGUUUAUAUAGAUUUUUUUCUUCUUUUUUUAAAAUCAGAUGUUCUUAAAUGUGUAGCGUACUUUAACAAACGUAGUAUCAAUCUUUAACCAGAGGUUGCAGAGAACUAUAUUAAAAAGAAACAAAAAAAACAAACAAAUACAAACAUUUUAACUAAGGUUUUUACCAAAGGAUGUUAAUUAGAGACCCUUUUUUUCCUCUGUGGUCUGUUGAGCGUGUUUUCCUUAACGUCUUUGUUUAGUAGAGCUUUUCCAGUUUCCUCGAAAGCGACUAUUUUAUACGUGUUUCACAGCAGUACUGUCCCCCCUGCUACAAAUGUUUUCUACCUUCACUCUUCGGCGUCAGUGUCACUUGUGGUUUUAAGAUGACUGAAUGUAGCCAAGCAACAAUUUUAUGCUUUUGAAAGUCUGUUUUCCAAAAGCACUGAACCUCCCGACAGUGCUUUCUCGUUGUUUUUUUUUUUUUUUUUUUUUUUUUCUUGUAUGUACAUUUUUCCAUUUACCAAACGGUUAUGAUCUGUGCGAGGACAGGCUGGUCACAUAAAACCUGUAUAUCAAAACUUUGUAGUCACGGUGUUCUCACAGUGCGUCGCCUAUAAAAAAAACUCUUCAUGGUUUGUGUUUUUGUGUUUUAUAAAAGCCCAGUGUUGACAGCAAAACACUGACAGAUGUAUAGUGGGUCUAUAUGUGAAUGUCAGCCAUACAGCUAAUGUACAGUUUUAGGAUCACGAAAACAAAAAGAGCAAUAAUCAGUACAGUACGUCAAAGCUAUCAGUUUGUAUUUUUGCUGAAAUACAAAAGUGAAUGUUGUUUUCCCGUUAAAAACAGGGGAUGGCGUGCCGUCGCUGUUAACCCCUCCGCAGUUUGUUUUAUGAAACUGUAAUUGGCCACAUGAGGGGGAAAUGGUGACAUUAGACAAAAUCUCUCUGUUAGUCUUUGGUUUCUCAGGUGGUGCCAGGGGAAAAAAAAAACAAAAAAAAACAUCAUGCCGCGUCCCGUGCCUCGCUUUCUUCGCUCCAAACCUGCAUAUCUGUCCAAAAUCUGUGCGUUUUGAAUCUCAGUUCAUGAUUAAAAACUGAGCAUUAUGUUCAAACUUUCAGGUGAAAUAUAUAAAAUUGUGUUAAACGAACAUAGGAAUGCAGCAGUUUGCUCAAGAUUGAAGGAACACAGACACAAAAGAAAAAAAAGACGAAACGCGUGUUGUUACACACGGACCAUGUGACGGCGGCAGCGACUCGGCGACACCGCCGAAAUGAAGCUACCUGACAAAAUUUUCAUGUCAACAUUUUCGCGGGAAACUCCAUUAAUAAGGCAACUGUCAAUAAUAUAACCAGCUAUAGACAAUCUUGGAACAGUUUACAACUUGGGUUUUUAUUUUUAUAUUUACCGUGUUUAAUAUGAAAUACUACAGGAAGAACCGGGGGAGCUGGAUUGUACAUAAAGACAACAGUUUGUACCACAUUUAAUGUGUCUGUACUCUUUGCCACGUCUUCUUUUGACUUUUAUGAUGUUGUACAUGAGUGUAGUAUGGUGUUUGACAUUAAACUAUCCUUUGAAUA